AGAAGCGGUCGCCGUCGGUCACGAAUGACGCCCGCAGUCGCCGUCGCGGUCGUAGCGGCGCUCUUCAGCGCAUGCGCCGCAGCCUCCGCCGCUCCGGUGCCGGUUGAAGCCGCCAGGCUAGAUUCUGACCUCAAUGGAUCUAGUGGAAAACUUGUAGUCCUUCUACCUGUCGACAUAGUCAGAACACAAUUAAGACUCCGACCUGAGGCAAACGAUAACAAAAUUUUCUACAACUCUCUCGGUGACUUCAUCGAGAGUUCGUCCCUUUUCCCGAUCGAGAUUAACGUGCCAGACGUCAUCCGUUGGUUCUACGGCUUCAUGUCCAGCUGGUUCCCCAGCCUGGCCAACAGAUGGCAGCAAGAGUCGACGCCAAGGAUACGCCUGUAUCUGCUUGCUCCACCACCUGCUUCGGACCAAACCUAUCCAAAAAAGACGGCAACCACAAACACUUACAAGAAACUGUUUAUUUCUCCACAAAAUAAAGUCGUUAUUCUAAAGUCGUCCAGUGAUGGAAGUAUGCAGCUGAUUCCAUUCACAAUUUAUCGCGAAGAGAUCGUUCAAAGAGUUGUAAUGUUAGCUGAAAUAGACAUGCGCUCAGGAUCUGAGAACAGACAGUCAUUGCAACCGUAAUUCGCUGAGGGCUUCCGCAAUGCUAUAUGAACUGUACUCAUUGCUUCUGGUAUCGUAAGCAUUGUAAAUUAGGUCUGUGUUUCAUAAACACCAGUUAACCUAUCA